AUGUGUGAAUUUCUAAAAGUGAAUCGCAAAGGUGUUUUGAAAAUUUUUAAUAAAACAGAACAGAAUAUUCAAGAAGAUUUGGAAAUAUUACGUGAAUGGCUAAAACAACAGCCUCAUUUACCAUAUAUUGAUGAUGCCAGAUUAGAAGCAAUUUUACUUUUAAGAAAAUUUAGUAUUGAAAGAGCAAAACAAACUAUUGAUGGAUAUUUUACUACACGAACUGAACAUCCAGAGUUUUAUGAAAAUAGAGAUCCUUGCAGUGAGGAAUUUCGUAAAUCAUAUAAAGUUGUAUCAUUCUUUCCAUUAAAGUGUCAAACUGAAAAUUUCCAACGUAUUACUAUAACUAGAAUUUUCAAUCCUGAUCCUAAAGAAAUUGAUGGUGUGAUACAUGCCAAAUACAAUUUUUUGACCGAAGAGGCUUUCCUUCAAUAUGAUUAUUGCAAUGGUCAUCAGGUUAUUUUUGAUUUAAUCGGCGUCAAAUUAAUUCAUUUAUCAAUAUUUACACCAGCAUUAUUGGCAAAAUCGACGAAAAUUCAUUUGGACGCCUAUGGAUUUAGAAUAGCAGGAAUUCAUAUUUUGAACCCACCACCGUUUAUGGAUACAAUUGUUGUCAUUAUGAAAACUUUUUUGAAAGAUAAAAUUAUAAAACGGCUUCAAAUCCAUAAUGAUUUAGAUUCACUUCAUUCCGUUUUCUCCAAAAAAUUACUACCUUUUCAAUAUGGAGGUGAAUGUGGAGAUCUAUACCAAAUACGAGACGAAUGGCAAGAAUUUAUCGAAUCAAUGCGUCCAUGGUUUCUGACGGAUGAAAAACUCAAAACUGAUGAAUCAAAACGACCUAUGACAUCAAAUGGUAGUUAUCUUUCAGAUUCUGUCCAGGGUACAUUUAAAAAAUUAAACAUCGAUUAGAUAACUAAUU